UUGACUUUACCGGUGAAGCCUCUCCUGGUUUUCAGCCGUGAGAAAAAUGUUCUCCUCUCCUCGGCGUCGCAGUUGUCGCCUUUAAAUUCCGCCCACAAACUGAACCGACGGCCGAUUUCAGUGGCCGGACAUUUGUACACACCGGAACACGGCAAGGUUGUGUAAACCAUGAUCUAAAUUGUCAAAGUCUGCAUUUUCUCUGCGGAUGUGGACUUGUCCUCACGGGUGCUUCACUCACACACAUCAUGUCUCAGUCUGAGUGCUGUGCAGAUGUGUGGGACUGGUUAUGUGUACUUCGUCUGGAGCAAUACUCUGAGGCAUUUCGGAACGCCGGGCUGGCAACAUUGCGGCAGUGUCGCAACCUCACACCAGAUCAGCUGGAGCGAAUGGGCAUCACCCUGCCGGGUCACCAGAGACGCAUCCUGGCCAGCUUGAACAAAACACAUGGUAAUCGUGACACACAAUCUGACACGCACAGUCAGCCUCUAAUGUCUGAGAGGGAGCAGCAAUCUGAGGAAACAGGACAUGCUAAAGUGUUACACAGAGAGAGACCUGUACCUCUCCCUGUGGAGGAAAAACCUAUCUUUAAGCAAACGGAGAGAGAAGAUGGAGAGACAUCGAAACCUACUCCCAGAGAAAGAGAGAAACCAGUCCCUAAGGAGAGACAAGUGUCCAGAAUGAAAGAGGAAAAUGAAGGAGGAGGGAAGAAGUCGGUUCCUGAACAAAGACAAACAGCACCUGGACAAAGCAAAGCAGAAGAGGGGGACGGAGGGGUAGAUGGAGACAGGGAGAAACCUGUGCCUAAAGAGAGGACUAAGUUUCGCUCUAGUGCUCCAGUGGACUGCCCCCCCGGCCCUCGUGUCUCUCCAAUGUCUGACCCCCCUUUACCCCCUGUCCCCCCACGUAGCACCCCCAACUGCCCUCCACAGUGCUUUACGUCUGCCCUGAGCCCCUCACCUCCUGCUCGUACCCCCGUCUCCCCUAAACUAGACAGACGUGAUGUUACAGCUCCAGCUGCACCGAGCGUGUCCCGCUGUUUAACCCCCACCAGAACCCCUACCCAUACUUCUACACAAACCCGGCCACAGACAUUAGCCAUUCAGCCGGCUGCCCAACAUCUGGUAAUCGAUGGAGGGAGAAAAAUGUCACCUGUUUCUCCCAUUGCUCCUCAAAGCCACGACAGAAAUGCUCCUCCUCUCCCUCCAAAAGCGGGGGGAGUACCUAAAGGCCCUCCACCAAUCCGGCAGAGGGUUCCUGCACAGUCUCCCAGAGCUCACAGUGCCUCUCCUACCAAGACAGUCACAGAUGAGAUGCAGAAAGACCAAACUCCCCAGGUCCCCCCUCGAAUAAGGACACCCCAAACUCAAGAAAACGCACAACAUUCAACUCAACCUGACGCUCAGCUGAGGGUCUCCAGACCUUCCUGUGAAUUCAGUCAAAACUCACUUGAUGAUAGCUCUGAUGAAUAUGAGGAUCCAGACUUCAUUAACCCCAUUGUUAAUAGCAUGAAAACACCAGAGAGGGAUAUGUCCCUGCAAGUACCUGGUGGAAUAAAGGGGCGGUACAAUUCUUUUUGCAGUGAUGAUGAGCAAUUGGAUGAUGAGGAUUCUUCCCAAUGGCAUGACAGUGGCCUCAGUACCGUACAAGGCAGUGUUUACCUGCCUGCCACUGGCAGACGGGCUUCAGCCUGUCAAGAAGACAGCUCUCAGCACGCUGCCGUCAUCAAGAUGGGCUGGCUGGACAAGAAUCCACCUCAGGGAGCCCUUUAUUACCAGCGACGAUGGGUAAAACUGGAUGUUGACUACCUGAGAUACUUUGAAAAUGACAAGGACGUUUAUUCCAAGGGGAUCAUCUCAACAGCCUACAUUACUAAUGUGACCAGUGUGGGAGAGCUCAAGUUUGAGGUCGCCACAAACAACCGAACAUUUAUCUUCAGGGCUGAAAGCGAAGCUGAGAGAAAUGACUGGGUGACUGUACUACAGGACUGCAACAGGGGGCGCCAUCGCCGCAACACCAUGAGCCCUGGCUCGCUUUUGACCCCAGACUAUCAGGGCUAUUUGGAGCUCAAAGGGUUGCGCUCCAAACUUUACACUGUCAUCGCCUCAGAUAAGGUCUACCUCUACAAACACAUAGACGACUUUCGUAUUGGAGUUGGUAUCACAUCCAUUGAGAUGAAUGUAGGAAAUGUUAAAGACUCUGAACGUCGUAACUUUGAUCUCACGACACCCUACCGCAUAUUCAGUUUCAUAGCAGAGUCCGAUCAGCUGAGGGAGCAGUGGGUGGACGCCAUGCGGAAUGCCAUAGGUGAGGCGUUGUCCAAUAGCGAGGUGGCGGACCGGAUCUGGGUGGAGUCAAGCAACAGUGUCUGCGCUGACUGUGGGACUCCCAAGCCGGAAUGGGCGGCCAUCAACUUGUGCGUGGUGAUCUGCAAACGAUGCGCAGGAGAGCACAGAGGACUGGGUCCUAGCAUCUCCAAGGUCCGUAGUCUAAAGAUGGACAGGAAAGUCUGGACAGAGGAGCUUAUACAGGUGUUCCUUUUGCUUGGCAACGAGCGGGUAAACAGUUUCUGGGCAGCCAACAUCCCACCAAGCGAGGCCUUGAUGCCCUCCAGCUGCAGUGAAGAAAGGCGACGUUUCAUCACCAACAAAUACCGCCAGGGAAAAUACAGAAAGUACCACCCCCUGUAUGGAAACCAGAGAGAGCUCAACAAUGCUCUGUGUAUAAAUGUGCAGUGCACUGAUGUGCUCGAGACAUUAAGCCUGAUCUUCUGCGGGGCCGAUGUAAAUUGUUCAACUGGUGUGGCAAGUUGGCCCUCCCCUCUCACGCUGGCCAACGCACACUCCCAACUCUUACAGGCUGAGUUACUCAGCCACAAUCUCAACACAGAGCUGCCACAAUCACAUGUGGACGGGGCCAUGGAGGCGGUACAUUACUCAGCACCACCCUGUGUGUCUCACAAUGGCUUCCUAUUCAAAACUGCAUCCAUGGCUCGGGCUAUCUCGGAACGAAAGGGCAAAGAAGAGUUCAGUCGCCGAUGGUGUGUGUUGAAUGAUGGCACCUUCAGCUACUAUGAGAGUGACAAGAACUCGAACCCCAACGGAGCUCUGAAAGCUUCAGAGAUUGUCUGCUUGGCUGUCGACGCACCUGAAAAACAUGGGUAUGAAAAUACCUUUGAACUCUACUCUGAGUCAGAGCGUCUCUAUCUGUUUGGCACUGAUGAUCCAGAUGGCCACAAAGAAUGGGUCAAGUCUAUUGCCAGGAACUUUAUCCCAGCCUCUGCAGAGCCUUUGCUGAGGCUUGGUUUUGAGCGGAUUGGGCGGCUGAAGUGUAAAGACGGCUUGAACCUGCAAACGUCAAAAGUUGGUUGGUUUGCUCUGGUGGGCUCCACACUCCACGCCCAUCUGGAGAAUGGCCAGGGGGAGGAGAUCCACCUUCGUAAACUUAAUGAACUCUCCAUCCAACAAGACAACGAAGUGCUGGUACUGGUGGAGAAAGGCAGAACUCUGUACAUAGAGGGAGAGAGGAAGUUGGAUUUUAGCGGCUGGUGCACGGCCAUCCAGACGGCAGCAGGGAGCGGAGGAGACACGCUGGGCCAGCAGCAGCUCACAGAGACGGACAUACCGGUCAUCGUUCACAGCUGCAUCGGCUACAUCACUCAGUGCGGCUUGACAUCUGAGGGAAUCUAUCGUAAGAGCGGUGUGAACUCGCGGGUGGCAGCGCUGUUAGAGAGAUUUCGCCGUGAUGCUCGCAGUGUUCAUCUCAGGGAAGGAGAGCACCAGGUGGACGACGUCUCCAACACACUCAAGCGUUUCUUCAGGGAGUUAGAAGAAGGACUGUUCACCUCAGAGGAUGCCAGCACCUGGCUCAGUACAGCUGCCAUUCAGGAUGAAAGUAAGAAAAUCUCCCAGUACCAGCUGUUGUUGGACAGUCUGCCUCGCGUUAACAAGGCUACACUACAAGCUCUUAUCAACCACCUCUACUGCGUGCAACGUUUUUCUGAGCUGAACCAAAUGAACCUCCACAACCUGGCCAUAGUGUUUGGUCCCACACUGUUCCAGACGGAUGGGAAGGACUACACUGCUGGCCGCGCCAUAGAGGAGCUUAUAGAGCACUACACGCUCAUCUUUGAGGUGGAUGAGCAGCAGCUAAAGAAGCAGCUGGAGGAGAUCACUGUUAUCAUCCAAGUGCGAGAGAAACUAAGCACAAAGUUUCCCAGCACUGAGCCUGGAGGACAUUUCAUCUGCACAGUGUACCUGGAGGAAAAAAAGAACACAGCAGAGCAACAUGUUAAGAUCCCUGGUUCUAUGACGGCAGCAGAGUUGACAUGUGAGGUUCUGGACCGGCGCAACAUCCCCGUUAAAGACAAGGAGUAUUGGAGCUGCUGGGAGGUCAGCAACAAGGAGGAAAUGGAGCGUCCUCUGCACUACCUGGAGCGAGUCUUACCCAUCCUUCACUCCUUUGGCACCGACUCCCAUCUGCUCAUUAAGAAGCACCUUGCUAUGGAAGCCAUGAUCCUCUACCUGACAAGUAAAGUGGACGCAUCCAAACACGGGAUGAUGAAAUUCAGAGAGGAGCGAAGCAUCCUGGGAUUGGGACUGACCUCUGGAAGUUUCCAUGACCGAUAUUUCAUCCUCAACUCCAACUCGCUCAGGAUGUACAAGGAAGUCCGGAGUAACCGCCCAGAACGUGACUGGCCUGUGAAGAAUCUCAAGGUUUACUUAGGCAUCAAGAAGAAAGUCCGUCCUCCCACUUGUUGGGGCCUAACAGUGGUGUGUGAGAGUGUGAAACAAGAGAGGCCGGAGAGGCAGCAGUGGUAUCUCUGCUGUGACACCCAGACAGAAAUGAGGGAGUGGUUCGCUACUUUUCUCAGUAUUCAGUACGAUGGCAACGUGUGGCCUCAGGACGGACUCAAGCUGACGCGGGUGAGCCGCGUGUUGCCGGACACGCGUCAUGGUAACGUGUCACUGAUACCGCUGCGUGGCAGUGAGAAUGAGAUGCGGAACAGCGUAGCAGCUUUCAGCCAAGACGCGCUUGCUCUCUUUAGAGAUGUUCGAUAAUCUUUGCUGCAAGAAAGGGCAGAUGGUCGGCCUCAUCACGAACUUUAAACAUCCCAAUUACAUCAUCGUUCUGUGACUGUACAGAGCAGUAAUGGACUCGCACACUGGGUCGGGAUUACGGCCUCGGACCUCCGUCUGCUCCUCGUCUGCUGGAAAUUAAACGGACCAAAAACAGUGUGGACGACAGGAUCAUGUGUAAAAUAGAACCCACACUGGUUUCAAGAAUUGAACUUGAUGUAUAGUAGAAGCAGCUGUGGCAUUAAAGUGACAGUUUGACGGACAACAAUCGCUCUGAAGGUUUGCUGAAUCAGCUCGACGUGGAGCAAGUCUGCACUCAAUGUUUCCACUGGUCAGUGUCAGGAAAUCACUGAAAUGUUUUACAGGACAGUGUAAACGCCUUAGUCGGGUUAUUGUAGGCACAAGCAUUGAGUGCUUAGUUUUUAAAUAGAAAAUACAAGUUUAUAGACCAUAGACACAUUUCUAAUUCUGUGACGUUUUAGCUCUUUCUGUGUCACUGCUCGACGAGCUGUUGGAAUCACCCUGCAGCUCAACAGCUGAAACAAAUGCUAUUGUAAGUAAAUCUGAUGACUUGAUAUCUGACAGCUGAUUGGUCUGAGACUGGGCCUGAGAGAAAGCUGAGAAAUAGGUGAUAACUCAGUGUCUGUUCUGCCGCAGAGCAAAAGCCUUCGUCAGGCUUACACUGAAUAUGUGCUUGUGUCGAUUUGUCCAUGUGUGAAUAUGUGUAUUUGUGAGGGGCGAAGGAAAGAGAAGCAUGUGCUGUAAAAAACAUUAUUUUGUAAAGAUUAAAGUAAGAAAGUCACAGAUGAGAGCUAAACAUUUUUUAAACAUGAGCUAAAACAAGAGAAGUGUACAUUGAUCCACGUUGUCCCUUAUUCUCUAUUCAAAUAAAUUCAGUGCACCUUAUGUAAGAAACAUUUCAAAACAUAUUUACUUAUCAAAGCCAUGUUUUUUGCCCCGGCCUGAUCAGAUCAGAAUUUUGUCUGUACCGGUGCAGAGCUCUGUGUCCUUCUGUGUGCAGGUCCUGUUCUAAAGCAAUCCUCGGUGGCAGUGUACAGAACUUGUGCAGUUUUGAUAUUAACCAGCGGUUUUAUUAAGGUUUAGGUUAUAAAUCAAUCACAAUCAAUCAACAUGAUAGUUUUUUAAACGACACAACCGUGCACAAAGGACAAGAAGCAAAUUAGUCAAUCAUUCUUUUUACUUGGGCCUAAACUUGUAUAUAUAUUAUUUUUUCUAAAGCAUUAACCUGCCCACAGUUGCCUUACGAGAUGCUUCGAAUGUUUCCCCCCCUCGCUCCCUUGUGUUGUUGCCUGGAUGCCACCUGUAGCGUCUCCUAGUUGUGAAGAUCUUUUAUUUAUUUGGACAGCAGAGGCUGGACUGUAGAUUGUUGUUUUGCUGAGGCGUCUGUUCUGCUAAAUGUCAGUUUUAAACACCUUUUUAUAAUGACAGUGCCUGUGAUAAUGUGUAUAUACAGUACAGAUUAUUUGUGUAUGUGUUAAUAGGCGUCGUCAAGCUCGGACCUCGGGAGAAGAAGACUCCAGUCCACUUGUGAAUGAACCGUUUUAAUGUCCUGUUACAAGAUCCGGUUGCAAUAUCUUGUCUAAUCUGCUUCAUUUAUCUGAGGCUUCUGCAUAGACGUACACACACUCUGAAGUUACAGCGCCACCACCAGGUUUUCGUUUUGAGGAUGUGAUGUGAACUCAACUCAGUUUUUCUGUAUCCUCCCUCUGAAUGGUACUAAUCAGCCAUCUCAUCUUGUUAGCAUUGAAUGACCCUUUGUCUAUGCAGGUCGACAGCCAUUGGCCGGAGGCAUUAUGUUUUUGUGUUGUCCGCCCCGUUCUAGUGAGGUGUCUCAAGAGUGCCUCGAUGGAAUCUCUUCAAAUUUGAUACAAACAUUCACUUGGCCUGAAAAAUGAAGUGAUUCGUUUUCAGCAGCCAAAGGUCAAAGGUCACGGUGACGUCAUGAAUCUGGUAUUAGAAAGUACGCAGACUGAAAUUGAACUGGUUGGCCGAGGCAUAAAAAAUGCAGGGCGGGGAUUCUAGUCAUGGGAAGUUCAGUUUGUGCAAAGAAUUUUAUUUUGAUCAUUUGAACAUGUCAGUGUUUUAAAACAAUAAAGUCUAAAGGUCCUGUAGGUGGAGGUGAAUACUUUAGAUGUGCAGGGUUUAUCCUCAGUUUCCGUUUUCUAAUUCUGUAACUCUGAAUUUUAGUGAUUUUGCAUAUUAAGAAUCUAAUAAACACGUUCAGAUAGUUAA